AUGAGAUCAAAAGAAAACAUUGACAUUCAGGACAACUGGUGGUCGGCACCUGAUUCGCCUAUUGAAAUGUUGCACAAAUUCUCUCAGAAAGCUGUUAAAAGGGCUAGUGAUUCAUUGCACAGCUCGUAUUCGGGCAGCCCGAACCGUAACACACCGAAUCCCGAGCAUCCAGAGGGGCACAGGCGUACCCAUAGUGACUUAACCUCUUCAUUACCACGUAGCACGAGCUCGAUUAAUUUCCAGAAAUGGAAAUCUCAGGUUCAGAGGGCCCUUUACUGGCGUAGCCGAAGCUUCUGUGAGGAUCGACAGUAUUUUUCUUUCGACCCCGAGAUGCUGGCCAAUCAGAAGAGACAGUGGUACAAGAUUCAAUCAAGAGCAUUGGACCCUGAUAAAUUUAAAGAACCUGCUUCAUUGUUCGAGCACUUCAUUAUUGUUGGGCUUCGUCCGGAUACUAAUCUCGAGGUCGUACUCUUUAAGUACCCUCCUCGAAAAAAGGUGGCUUUACGUUUGAAGGAUCUGGCUUCAUUUUGCUUUCCCGGAGGUGUUAAGGCAGGUGUAUUGACGAGAACUCCAUCACUGAGUGAGCUGAACGAACAACUCUAUGGACAGGAGCCACCUGCAAUGUCUGAAGUUUCAUCACCUUGUUCCGAAUCAGAUCCCGACUCGAACAGAUUCCUGGGUUCGGCCCCUCGUUGUUAUUGUAUAUUGACAAAAGUCCCUUUUUUCGAGUUGCACUUUGAGAUGUUAAACAGCAUCAUUGCGCAGAAACAUCUAAACCGGAUUUCUCAAUUUGCCAAUGAUUGUUGUGCUGACUGGAUGUCGGUCACGAUUCCUGCAGACGAUGAGGUGGCACAGUCCACGUGGGACAUAUGUUCUCCUGUGAGUAGUAGUACACUUGCCUUUGAUGAUUGUACAUCCGAGAAGAUGUCCAUUGGUCUGGAUCAUAUCUGCCCGGUGAAUGAUCAGUUCUCCGAAACAUCAUUUAGUUCAGCUGUAAGUACAGCUUCGGACGAUGAGGCUGACGAGAUAUUUUAUGAUUAUGCUAAAAGUAUCGCGUAUGAUAUUAGAAUGGAGAACAAGAACGAUUUGCUACAGAUACUCAGUAAUUAUCAUUCUUUGCCUUUACCUCCAAGGGGAAGUGAGAUAGUAUUCCAGCCUCUCGAGCAUUUGGAGCCCAUCGAGUAUUUUCGUCCGCCACUAUCUUCUCUCGACUUGUGUGGAAAAAAUCUUGAUUAUAAACUCGGUGACUAUAAGGAAGUUUCUCAGGUCAACAUAAAAUUAGCAGCUGCUGAGGAAUCUCUUGCACUCUCCCUGUGGCCAACAGCUACAAUAUGCCGCGUCUUAUCUCUAGAAAGCAUUUUGGCCUUGGUCACUAGUGUCCUAUUGGAAAAACAAGUGGUCGUUUUGUGUCCAAACCUGGGUGUUCUGUCGGCUAUCGUCUUGUCUCUCAUCCCUAUCAUACGUCCAUUCGAAUGGCAGAGUUUAUUCCUUCCAAUACUGCCGGUGAAGAUGCUUGAUUUUAUCGAUGCACCUGUUCCUUUCAUACAUGAGAGUGAAGAGUCCCAAUCCGCCCCAUGUUGUCUGCCAAAAAUUCAAGUCGACCAUUUUCUAAUUUGCUCCCGACCUGUAGACCUAGGUCGAGCUAAGAGAGCUCCGGUCCAGAAUUGA